CCUGCAAAUCAUCAAUCAAGUAGCGAGAAUGGCGCAAGUCGAUGACCAUGCUCUCGAGGUUCUUGGCGAGGACCUUUGGGCGCGCCUCACGCCUGAGCUCAUCCAAGAGAUCAGUAACUACUUGCAUCCUAACGAAGUUAUUAGCAGCGUCAAACUGCUCAACCGGGAGAUCGCGGAAUGCCUCCGCGACAGCUUUCGCACUUACGUUCUGGGCUGCAAACAAGGGGACCGAGUAUGGAACCCUGAAAAGCCACAUCACGCGGAGCAGCCCUGGCCGGGCCGGGACUUUGUGGCGCACUGGGGUGGGCCCGGCCCCUGGCGCAGCCUCAGCCUGGCCCAACGUCACCGGCUGCUGUGCCUAGCGGCCUCGUCGGGCCACCUGCCCAGCCUGGACGCGGCGCUGGCUCACUGCGGCUGCACUCUGACCUCAGGGGCUCUCACUUCAGCAGCGGCCGGCGGCAGCGUGGCGGCUUGCGAGCGGCUGCUGGGCGCGGGCGCUCCGGCGAGUAGUGAGGUGGCAGCGGCGGCGGUUGGCCACAUGCCCGUGCUGCGGCUGCUGCUCGACCGCACAAGGCUAUCAACAAUAGAGUCAUCGUACACUGCAAGCUGCGCUGCGGCAGCACGGGCGGGCCAGUUGCCGGCGCUGCAGCUGCUGCUGGAUUCGCCAGCAAGCGGUGCUGUCCGUGCACGGGUCCUUCGGGAAGUCGCUGCUGGCGCCUGCGCGGGCGGGCAGCGAGACAUCCUCGCUUGGCUGCAGCAGGCGCACGGCUACAGCCCCAGUCUGGUAGACGCCGUAGCGGCGGCGCGGGGGGGUCAGGUGGCGUUGUUGGAGCAGCUACUGCCGCGGCUGGUUCUACAGCCGGACCGCUUGGAAUCUGAAUCGGCAUCUGGCGGAAAUGCCGCAAAGCAGCCCCUAUACCGGAGGUGGAUAGUGCUUGAAGCUAUCACCGCCGGCUGCCCUGUGGAGGUCCUGCAGCGGCAUUACCACCGGCUGUGGUCGGUGGCGGCGAACGAGAACGCGAACGAGGCGCGGAGUGAAGAUGCUGCAGCAGCAGAGGCAGCAGCAUCCAGUAGCAAAAUUCGGCGGCAACUUCUGCUGGCUACUGCGGGCAGCGGCACGGCCUGCUGGGGCAGUAAGCUGGACUUUUUCAUGUCGGCUUGGGGCCCAGACGUGGUGGCGCGCGAGCUGCAGCAGAGGUUCGACCUUACAGCUUUCUGCAAUGCUGCAGCGUUGCGACCAGACUACGCGCAGCGGCUGCGGCGCCUGCACGCAGCGGGCAUGCCCCUGGGAGUGCAGGCGCUGAGGUAUACAGCUAGGUUCGGGCACAUCGACGCGCUCACGUACCUCUUAGACGAGGCCGGCGCACCCGCAGCAGCCAUUGACACGGCGUUUGUGCGGUCCUAUGUAUCUGAGCGCGGGCCUCAGCUUGCGGACUCGCAACUGCUAAGGUUGCUGAAGGAGCGUGGCUACGCUUUCACAGCAGCAGACGUGAAGGCGGCAGCGCGCUGGGGCUGGCCGGAUGAGCCACUGAUUGCGCUGAUUCAGAUGGCAGUGGACGGUGACUCAGGAGAUGACAAUGGGAGCCACUGGUCAGCAGCAUUCAAGUAUGCAGCCAUCGGCGGAGCCAGCACUUGUGUUCUACAGGCGCUGCGGGCGCGCGGCGCGGCUGUGGACCUGGCGGCGGUGGCGAAGGGCGGCAGCGAGGAGGCACUGGACUGGGCGGCGGCGGAGCUGGAGGCGGAGGGGAAGGGACGCGGCUUCGGUGGUGGUGCGCUGCUGACGCCACUGCGGGAGUCUGAGGUCCAGUGUGUACACGAGCGCGGCAACCUCGCCGCACUGCGUUGGCUGCACCGGCGCGGACUGCUGGACGGCCGCAGUGUGAGCCGGCUGGCUGGCCGCGUGGAGCUGGGGGUGGCGCCUGCAGCAGCCGGAGGGGUUGAGCACUGAGCAGGGCGGCUGCAUGGGGGCAGAAAAGUGUCAGUGGAUAGGGUAGGGCAAGUACUGGCGGCGGAGACUGUGGGGGCUCUUGGGCCAUCAGCGUUCUGAGUAAUUUGGCCAAGCGUUUGCUGAGAGCAGACUCCAUGGCUGCUUAAGGUCGCUGGCGGUUUGUUUGGGUUCUCCGCCCCAGCCUUGGUCGUGGCAUGUACGGUAUGUUGGCAAAUGCAGACGGCAUCACGCACGUAGGCGGACAGGGUGCAUGCGAGGAGAGGGAAUGCUUGAGGUUGGGGCACUGUGUGAGGACUGAGGGCCGUGCUGCUGCUGCGUUUGCUGCUUGCGAGGUAGGGCACAGUAGUGGCACGGUGGCCUGCUGGCGGGCGACACGGCGCCGUGUGGGGGGUAGCUACUUGGCACAAAUGCACGCACCAGCAUGGACCGGCAUGGACGGCUCAUGUGCACAGCUAGCUAACGUGCGUGCGUGCGGUAUCGCCAGAUGCUGCAGCGUUCGUGGUGUUCUGGUAUGUUGGUGGUAGAGGCACGCACGUCGCUGCCGGCGGCUGGAGGUUGUUGCGGCAGGCGGUGGCGUGCUGAGGGGCGCAUGCCGCCUUGCGGUGCGGGCGGCAGGAGGCACUGUGUAGCAGCGUGAGCUGGGAGGUUCGAGCUGGUGGGAGCUGCGCGGUUGGGUCCAUGCCGGGGCGCUAGGUUGGACUGGCUGAAGCUGCUCGCGGUGCCGCCGUCGCUGUCGCCGCGCUCAACGGGGCCGCCCCAUGCACGCCGCAGUGGCACACGGGUGCUCAUAGACUGCUAGUGGGAUGUUGGGACCCCUAGCAUGGGGGUGGCCUAGCUGACAUCCGCUGCCAAACAAUACUACUUGCGCCUGGCUUGGCAUGCGCUUUUGCAUGCACAACACUGUCCUGCAAAUCAUCAAUC